CCACUGAAAAUAUUCUGUUCAAAGGUAUUAAUUUAUUUUUGAUUUUGUUUGUUGAAUAAGCAAAAAAAGAGUUAGCCAAGUUGCUGAAGCCACUCAAACCCACACUCCGAGGAAACAUUUUGUGAAGUAAGCCGCAAACAACAAACAACAAACGAAAAAUUUUCCAAAAUGGGCUACGAUGAUGUCAUCAAGUACCUUGGCGAUUUUGGUCGCUAUCAGAGGCGUAUACAUUUGCUUCUCUGUUUUCCGACCAUAGUUUGCGCUUUUCAUAAGUUGGCUGGCGUGUUUCUGCUAGCUCGUCCUGAUUUUCGUUGCCAGCUGCCGUUUGAGAAUGGAGAAACGGUUCAAUUUUCAUCCCUGCCGCAGGAGAAAUGGUCCUUAGCCUAUCCGGUAGAUGGAGUAACAGGCAAACUGUCUACCUGCGAGUAUUACAAUGUCGCUUACAACGAGGAUUAUCUCAAUGGAAGUGAACCCUUCACCCAAAACGGCACAUUGGAGUGUUCGUCUCGUUAUCUCUACGAUCAGAGCAGGUAUCUGAACAGUGCCGUCAGCGAGUGGGACUUGGUUUGUAAUCGCAGCCUGAUGAGUGCCACCAGUGAUUCAUUGUUCAUGGUGGGCGUACUCUUUGGGAGCUUCGUUUUUGGCCAAAUGUCUGAUAGAGUGGGACGUAAGCCCACUUUCUUUGCGGCAUUGGUCAUUCAGGUGGUCUUUGGCAUACUCGUUGGUGUGGCUCCCGAGUACUUUAGCUAUACGAUUGGGCGCAUGGUUGUUGGGGCAACCACAUCUGGGUUCUUUUUGGUGGCCUAUGUAAUAGCAAUGGAAAUGGUGGGUUCCUCCAAACGUCUUUUUGCUGGCGUAUUCAUGCAAAUGUUCUUCUCAGUUGGAUUUAUGUUAACGGCGGCAUUUGCCUACUUUAUACGAGAUUGGCGUUGGCUACAGAUUGCUCUUUCCUUGCCUGGUUUAUUGUUUCUUUGUUAUUAUUGGCUCAUACCUGAGUCGGCACGCUGGCUGCUGUCAAAGGGGCGCCAAGAUGAGGCAUUUGUUAUUAUUAGGAAAGCAGCCAAAGUCAAUAAAGUGGAAAUUCCAAGCGAGAUUUAUGAGCAGUUGGUCGAAGAAGUGGCCGAGAAGAAGAAACAGGCCGAGCUGACCGCAUCGAAGCCUGUCCCAUCCGUUUUGGAUCUUUUACGUUAUCCAAACUUACGUCGCAAAACUUUGUUAAUCUUUUUUGAUUGGUUUGUCAAUGCCACCGUGUACUAUGGCCUCUCGUGGAACACCAACAACUUGGGGGGCAAUCAGUUGCUCAAUUUCCUAAUCACAGGAGCUGUUGAGAUUCCUGGUUACACUUUCUUGCUUUUCACACUCAAUUGCUGGGGUCGCCGAACCAUUCUUUGCGGCGCUAUGGUUGUAUCUGGUAUCAGUCUACUGCUGACCAUAAUUGUGCCCCGGGACAUGAACUGGCUGAUUAUAGUCUGUGCCAUGGUGGGCAAAAUGGCCAUCACCUCAUCCUAUGGCACUGUGUAUAUAUUCUCAUCGGAACAGUUUCCGACAGUGGUGCGGAAUGUGGGUUUGGGUACAUCCUCAAUGGUGGCUCGUGUGGGUGGAAUAAUAGCUCCUUAUCUGAAACUAUUGGGGGAAAUCUGGCAGCCGUUGCCCCUAAUUAUUUGUGGGGCACUCUCGUUAACGGCUGGUCUGCUGUCGCUACUUUUGCCCGAAACCCUCAAUAAACCCAUGCCAGAGACCAUUGAGGAUGGGGAGAAUUUUGGCAAGAAACGCCAGGCAUGCAUUGUGGCCGAGGAAGGGGGUGAGGAGAUGAAAAAUAUGCUCAAUGGCAGAUCAAACUAAUUCUUAACUUGGGGUUAAACAUUUUCUGUUUGCAUUUCUAUUUUAAUUUACAUAAGUAUUAUGAGAAUCGAUUAAAUUGACCAUUUGAAUAAUUUUUACAUUCGUUUUAACGUACUUAAAUGCAUCUAAAGUAUAUUGAUUGUAUAUCAAUCUUUUUAUAUAUUUUUUUGAAUAAACAUAACGAUAAAUUGGCCAUGAGCGAAAAUUGAAUGUCAGAGCAAACAGUUUUUUUUCAUUAGCCGAAAACUGAAAAUGAAAAUGUGCUAAAAAAUGCUAAAACGCUUUGUUUUGUAUCAGAAAUGUUUAUAAUGUUUAUAAAAUAAAAUUAAUGUUUGUUUACAAAAAGACUUUUUGGUUUCAUUGUUAUUUCGAAUUAAAGAGGAUUGAACUAAUUAAUUAAUUAAUAAUUUGUGCAAAUUUAUUGGUAAUUAAAGAACUGUACGAGUGCCGACUUGAGCAGGUUGUUCAAUCCCCGCUUCAGUCAGGAUCAACUGAUCUUUAUAUCAUGUUGGACAGACUUCUCUGUAUGCGGUUAAAAACCGCUGGCAAUGUUUUCGGUUGGAUUGAUAUUAUUGGUAACAUCAUGGCAUUCAUAAUUUUUGUUAUUUGCUUGUUUGAUCCAGAAUAUGAGGCACCUGUGGAAUUUAGUCUUCUUGUAGUGACAUUAAUUUCCACAAAAAUUCUGAUUGCCGUUCUGCUGUUGUUGGGUAUCAAAAAGCAACGCCAUCGUUUCCUACUUCCUUGGCUAGUACUUUAUGGCAUUCUAUUGAUAGCAUUUGUCUUCUGUUCUUCCGUUAUAAUGGGACUUGAGUUUGUGUUCAAUGCUAAUCGGUCCCCAGAAAUAAAACUAUUAUUUUUGUUGCUUAUUGUUAUUCCUUCAUGGCUUCUCGGCUUAUAUAUUUUCUACGGCAUGUACUCACUUUAUAAGGAGAUUCAGGCCAUUCGAGAGGAGCAGCAGGCCCAAUUCUCAUACGUCCAAUGCACAUUAUCUAACAAACAAGAAGAAACAUAAAGUGUUUAAUAAUUCAUACUUUAUUUGAUAAUACUCAGGAAUUGUCUCGACUAGAACUAAGAUCUGUUUUCCAGUUAUAUCUUUUCUAUAACGUGUUGUUGACCAGAACGGAAAUCAAGUUGUUUGCCCAUAACCUCAUAAGCUCAUAUAAUCAUUGUGUAGUUUGAAAUUUGUUUAAGAAUUGUGAAAUGCGUCACCUGUUGUCAAUUGUCUUGUCUUAUCAACAAUUUUUAAUGCUUGUGUUAAUUAUUGAUAUGGGCAACGAACGGUACUGAAAAGAAAGCCGGAUUGACUUUAAAUUUUACUUAGAAGGAGUUAACAAGAUGUAAAACUUGUGUACUACAUUAAUUCAUUGUUAUAUAUUCUGCAAGUCUAGUUAAUCAGGAAAAUAAUGGGUUAAGUUAUAUUUAAACGAAAUUUUGGAUUUGUUUUAAUAUGUUAUCCACUGUUAAUUGAAUUUUUUCGCUUUCAGUUCCUCAUA